UCCAGUUCGGCCAUUUUGACUUGAGAAAUGAUGUCAAAGUCUUUUUCUACUCACAGUUGAAAGAUCUGAAGGGGACUGGGGCUGGGCUGGAGCAGGGCUGCUGAAGGAGAGAGGAGGACACGGGCUGGGGGACUGGGAUCUAUGGAUGCAGGACGAUGCAUCGCACAUUAAACAGCAGAUCCCUCUGACACCAUACAGGGCAGGUCUGACAAGGGAGAAAGUGUUACUGGUGUCUGUGUUGUAAUGUGAGGCAGCCCGUGCUAAUGGACGGCUGGACUAUCUGACCACUGAGGUCUCAGUCUUGCAAACCAAUGUGUUUUAACAGGUCUCUGCAUCCCAUCUAAGGAAACACACCCUCUGACUGAAGGCAUUCUCUUUGCUCUGUAGGCUGCAGUCAUGUUCUGGACGUUUGACCUGCACAACUCCUCUCAGGUUGAAAAGCUCUUGGAGAAGGAGGACUUGACCCUGCAGGAGCUUCUGGAUGAGGAGGACGUGCUGCAGGAAUGUAAGGCUCAGAAUCAGCGCCUCCUCCUCUUCCUCACACGGGACAGCAGCAUGCUGGAGCUCCUCAACCUCAUCACUCACGAGCCCCCUACUGACAGGGAGGAGAAACUGCGUUACAAGUAUGCUAAUAUAGCAUGUGAGUUGUUGACGUGUGAUGUGUCCCUCAUCAACGAUAAAGUGGGCGGAGACGAGUCUCUGUUGAACACACUGUACAGCUUUCUAGAGCAGACGCCCCCUCUGAACCCUCUACUGGCAUCAUUCUUCAGUAAGACUCUCGGCAACCUCAUCAGCCGCCAGACAGAGCAGGUGAUCGCUUUCCUGAAGAAAAAGCAGGAUUUCAUCGGACUGGUGCUGAAACACAUGGACACGUCAGCCAUGAUGGAUCUACUGCUGCGUCUGAUUAGCAGUGUGGAGCCCACCUCGCUCAGACAGGAAGUGCUAAAUUGGCUGAAUGAAGAGAAGCUGAUGCAGAGACUCAUCGAGCUGAUACACCCUCAGAAUGAUGAUGAGAGGCAGUCGAAUGUGUCUCAGACCCUGUGUGACAUCAUCCGUCUGAGCAGAGAUCAGGCCAGUCUGAUGCAGGAGACAUCAGACCCCGACCCUCUGCUCACAACACUAGAGAUGCAGCAGAACAUAGAGGCCCUGUUAAAGAACAUGUUUGGAGGAGAGAGGAGUGAAGCCUGCAUCGUCUACGGAACGCAAGUGUUACUCGCAUUGUUGGAUACUCAGAGAUCAGGCAUUAAGCAGGUGAUUGACCCGUGUUCUCAGGGAUUGGAAAAGUCUAACACUGUAAACAACAGCAUAUUAAUGGGCAUCCAGCCACAUCUAAAGAACUUCCAUCAUCUCCUGCUAAACCCACCCAAGAAAUGUGUGAUGUUGACCACAUUGGGUGUUUUGGAGGAGCCGUUUGGAAACGCCCGACUGCACGCUUGCAGACUGAUGGCGGCUCUUCUGUACACUAGAGCUCCCAGAAUCCACCACGAGCUCUGCCGACUGAACAUGAUCAACCUGCUACUGGACAUGUUUUUUAAAUUCACCUGGAAUAACUUCCUACACGCCCAAGUGGAGCAGUGUGUCUCUGCCAUCUUUAACCAGAACACACCACUAAACCGACCAAUGCAGGACAGUCCAGAUCCGACUCAAAUUCAACAGGAAAACACAUGCUCAGACACGCCCCAUCCCAGUGAGACAGACACACAAAACUCAGACAGAUUCACACGCUACUUAAUAAAGCAUCUGAUUAAGGACUGCAGGCUGGUUCAGAGGAUUUUGGAUGCUUGGGAAGAAAAUGACAAAACACAGGAGGCAGGAGGCAUGAGACGAGGGUAUAUGGGCCAUCUGACCCUUAUUGCAAACACAGUGGUGCAGAGCGCAGAGAAAGAACAGGACAAAGAACAGACCCAAAUCACGCAACUAAUAAAAGAGUUGCCCGAGGACUAUAUCAGACGCUGGGAACAUUUUGUGAAUGAAACACUAGCAGAAACUAACAUGAAGAAUACAGCAGACCUGGUGUUCUCUGAUUAUCAGCUUCAACAGAUGACGGCGAACUUCGUCGAUCAGUUUGGACUAAAUGAUGAUGAAUUUGGGGAGCAUGAUGGCAGCAUCAGCGCCACAUUUGAUCGAAUCACAGAGAUCAACUUUAACCUUGUGGAUGAGGGGGCGAGCUCUGGACUCUUUGAGACUCGCACAAAAGAGAGAAUUCGGCAGUUUGAUGAAGCUGAGGAGGAGGAAGAUAUUUGGGAGGAUAAAGAAAUUAACUACUCGACACAAGUGAAAGCACGAAGCAGGUUUGGACUGGUGACAAACACUCAGAAGAGUGAGGCAGACGGCGGCUCUCGGAGGCAUCUGGGGUCACCUGACCUCGAGUGGUUUCCAGAUUCCAAACAAAUGCCAGAGAACAUCACGAAUAAAGUCACGGACAAGAAGUCCAGUGAUCCUCAGAGUCCUGGAUGGAUAGCGAGUUUUGAAGAUGACUUCGGCAGUCGGGACUUUGCGAGUAUUGCUAUAGAUACGGGCUCCAGCGUGUGGGGCAACUCUACAGCACAGCUCAGUGAGACGGAAGAGAAAGGAUGGGCAACAUUUGGUGACUUCCAGUCGUUCUGCUGUUCAGAUGCAGGGCCCAGAUGCAUCUCACCGGUGGACUCGGAAAAUCCAAACAAACAGAACCAAAAGGAAGAAAUCCAUGUGUGUGUUACAGUUAAAGGCUCAUCUGCGUGUGUGUGGAGUGUGUGUGGGGCGAGGAAGGCUCCACUGGUUGCGUCUGACAGCAGCUCCAGUGGAUCAGACAGUGAGGAAGAGGAAGACAAAACCAACAUCAUCACAGAGAGGGUUGCCCCAGGCAGUGCCAAGGAAGACAUUAAACUUGAGAAAACAGUCAGGGAUGACUCCAGUAGUAAAGACCCAAUGUAACAGCAUUUCAAAGAACCCUCUCUACCUGCUGAUGUAUCCCCAUGACAGCUGUUGCUCCACCCAUAACAUGUUUAAAGCUGUUUUCACAUGUCUCCCCACCUUCUGGCAUUCACUAUUCCCAUUGGUCUGUAGUCAUGUGGGUUUUUUGUGGGGGUGGGGUUGUGAAUGAUCCCAGCAUCAGUGGGUGGUACUAAAAUGAUGUAUCUUUCCCGAUGAAGACAUUUGCACCAUUAAAUGGAAAUACUGACCUUUGAACCCUCUGCGAACAGCCCCACUUCAGUCAAUGAGUGUGUUUUGUAACUAGAAUACAUUACACAGACAGGUGAACUCUUGCAUAUGCAUAAACAUGCUGUGGUUGAAAGGUACAUUUACAAGUGUGAUUUAUAGUGUUAUGUUUUAGUUUUUGAACCAGUAUUUUCCACUAAGAAUACGGCAAGAGAGCGUGUGUUUGUGUUUAGAGUGGCUGAUCAAUAUUUCUCUAUGUUGUAGUCUUUGGUUGUGGUACUGAUUUUAUUUCAGUACUGAUUUGUUUGCACUGAAGUUUUCACUACAUAUGUUACCAGCUCCAUCUAGCAUCUACACAACACAUACAUAUACAUACUGUAUUGGUAACACAUUACAAUAAGGUGGUAUUCAUUAACAUUAGUUAACUACACAGUUAACAUGAUUUUUACAUUUACAGUUAUGUUAACAUUAAUGCAGUAUGAACUAACAAUUAACAAUAGUAUAUUUCUGAACUGACAUAAACCAAGAUUGAUAAAUGCUAUAAAAAAUAUUGUUAAUUGUUAGUUCAUCAUAUGUAAUGCAUUUACUAAUGUUAACCAAUACAACCUUAUUGUACUGUUUUACCUUCCUCUUUUUUGCUUGGGAGCUUAAUUAUUGGGAGCGGGUCUCUAAAAAUAGUUUUGUUUGGUUGUAUACAUGUUGUCUUUUUUUAAUGUUACUAAGAAUAGUUCACCCAAAAAUAAACAUUUAUUUACUCACCCAUGUCGUUCCAAACCUGUAUGACUGACUUCUGCGGAAUGACAUGAGGUUUAGAAGAUAAUGACGCAUUUUUUUUAUUUUGGAGUAAACUAUUCCUUUAAGGCCGAAACAUACUGUACACAAGUGAUGUCAUGCGUAGUUGCAUUCCGAAAUGUGUGAGACCGCAAUACGUAAUUCAUAAUUCGCAUUUACACAACGCAAGUACACGUUUAAUUCUCAAUGUUGCCACAAGGGGCGCUAUAGUGUUCAUUAGUGUGAACUGGUGCUUUUACGGUGCGUUUUCUCUUUCAAAUCAACAAUUUGUGAAGGUGGCGAUUAGAAUCAUGCAUCUAUUGUUGUUUGUAUAUAUUUUUUUUUAUCAACGCUGAAAAUAAUUUAGUACGAGGUACCUCGCAAUUGCGUAACUGUGAGUCUGUCAUAAUCAGACAAAAAACGUCCCCCUCCAUUGUACGAGUUGGUAUUGCCCAACUAAUGUCACGCAAUUCCCUCAAUUUCUCGGCGCUGGCCAGGGUGGCCCAAUUACAGUGGUUUAUUGUUAUUUUUUAUGCUUUUAUAGAUAAUGCUGAAGCAAAUUGUCAUUCACAGGUAUGAAUCCUUGCAAUUAUCAGUUUGUAUUAAAAAAAUAACUACUAAAGGGAUGAAAAAAUUCAGUUUUCAGUGCAUCAAGCGCCCCCUGCAGGAAUAAAACUUUGUGUCUCACAAGACAGUCAGUGGCUGACAACAUGUGCAAUUUCGGUCUGAAGGUCUGUUACCUACACGAAACUUUCGUCAUAUGUGGAGUCAGUGAAGAUGUUAAAAGCAUCCAUGGAAAUGAUCCACCCCCUCCCAAUGUUCAAACCAAAUCUGUCAUUGUUUUAAAGGUGCUGUAAGCGAUUUUUUUUCAUGGAAAGGUAUGCAAAAAAUUGUCCUACUCCCUGAAAGAUAUUAAUGAAAUAAGUGGCCUGAGAUACUCUCAGCUGUGUCUGUGACAGCUGUAGACUUUGUAAUCAACAAACAAAAAUGUGUCUGCGGACAUUGACACUUUUUACCUGUCAAUCAUUUUGCUCGUUCUCAUAGUGUUGUAUUUGAUUCAUAAUGUUUGUCAGUUGAGGGCGCUAUUGUGUAACAAUGCUGCUCUUUUGCUCUGUUUUGGUCUCAAAAUUAUCUUUGGAGGUUGGGGUAUUGGAAUGAGGGGGCGUGGCUAAUUCAAUAGCUCAGUCACGUGAAAGCUUCAGAACGCUAAAAUCGCUUACAGCACCUUUAAGGUAUUUUAAUCCCCCAUUUGAGUACUGAGGUUUUUUUACCGCCACAUUAACACACAGUAGCGCGUUGGCCAAGCGCUCGCAUCUGCGUAUGUGCACUCGCAUAAAGUAUGUUUCUUGCCUUAAAUGUGUCCAAAUUAGGCUGUUUUAAUAUUGAAUAUAUUAUUGUCUCUGUGGUUGGUAUCAGAAUGAACUCUCAGGUGAAAAAGAAAUAGAAAAGUAUGUGUGCGCCUUGAAAUAUCGGAGAAUGACACAUCAUUAUCUAGAACACGUGUCCAGCACACAUAUCCCUCUUAAUAGCGUCUAUCUCCGACAGGUCUUAGUAAUAAAUGUUUUAUGAUAAUUGUAUUUUUAUUACUAAUUACAAGCGAAACACUAGAGCGCAUAAGUUUGGAAUUGAAUCUAGAGCGAUAGCAAUAAUAGUAUUAACAAUCUUAUGGUUAGUUUGAAUUAUUAUUAUUAUUUUUUAACGUAGCUUAAAGCAAGCAAAUUGUCUGAUCGUGCGAGUGAGUGUGUAAGUGUUGUUUUUGCACUCAAAUUUGUUUUUAUACCAAAUGCAACAGGAUGGACUAUAACGAGAGGUCAGUCUUUUGUCUACCUGGAUUUUGCGUUUACAAGCGAUUUAGUUAUUAGUUGUGUAAGCGACAAAAAGAGAAAUAUUGACUGAUCAGUACCAGGCUCAGUGCUUGAAUGUAAUUCAUAUUUUUAUAUGAUUUAUUUUUAUUCUGAGUGAUUAGAUGGUUUAUUUUUGCCAAAGUCUCUUUAAUAUUUGUUUUCCCCCUCCCUAACCUCACCGUUUGGAUAACAGGGCUCCAUUCUCUCCCUAUGGAGACUGAAAUCUUUCCCAUUUGAACAUUACUACAUUUAAUUUAGCACUUCAGUAUGGACACCUACAGUAGUGGUGGAAAAGCAAUGGGAUCUUUACCAGAAAUAAAGAUAAAACACUAUUCCCCUUCUAUCUUUUCUUCCAAGUAAAUGGGUCUUAAUUUACUUUGUGUUGUGGUGAAUGUGUUCCUUACAUGUUUAAUUUACCUGUCAGCUGUUUUACUCUGUUAAAUGUCAUUUUAAAACGAAAUGCAAUUGUUAGUUUGUCCAAAGCGUAAAGUGACACGUGAGAAUAUAGGAAAUUGUGCAUCAAAAUGUGAAGGAAGACUUAAGUUAAAUGUAUUGUUUUGGACUGAUAGAAUUAUUCAAAUGCACACUCUAUUUGCCCACCUUUCUUAAUCUUCCGCACCACCAAAAGCAAGAUUUUAUAGUUUAAGUCGAUGCAUUCGAUCCUGCAAUGUAAAACUCAUUUUAUUUUUUCCUCAGCUCUUAUAUGUAUUAAUGUACCUAAAAACAUGAACACAUCCAUUAUAAACUGGUAUGGUAUUUAUGGUAUAUUUACUGCCUUGAAUCCAUCAUGUGAAUCUGGAACACAGGUCUGUUGUCAUUUAGUCAAAUGCCUUUUUAAUGUAAUCUGAUGCUGGUGGGGUUAUUUUUUAUUUGGUAUUAUGCAAUACUGUACUUGUUAUCUGUUAUUAAAGUUAGGCUUUAAAAUCAGAUAUCAAAGAUAUUAUAAAUAUUUCAGAUGG